AAAAGGAAUAUACCAUUACAGGAACAAGUGUCAUUCAAAGAUGUAUGUGUGGACUUCACUCAGGAAGAGUGGUAUCUGCUGGAUCCUGCUCAGAAGAUACUAUACAGAGAUGUGAUUCUAGAAAACUACAGCCAUUUUGUCUCAGUAGGAUAUUGCAUUACUAAGCCAGAAGUGGUCUUCAAGAUAGAGCAAGGAGAAGAGCCCUGGAUAUUAGAGGCAGGAUUCCCAAGCCACUGCCAUCAAG